UACAGAUACAGGUUAUGUGCCAAAAUGCGGCACAAUGCGACAAAAUAAACCUACAAACCUCAAAAAAGGGGAAGUGGCCUGCCAGAAAGGGGUCGUUUCACAGUUUGGAUCCACAGUUUGAGAGAUGCACAAUGACAGGGUCAUGCUCCAAUCAAGAAAUCGGUUCAAUUAGAGCCCCAGCGAGCAUUUGCUCCGUUAGGACAUUAUACAGUUCCUAUAAGGUGUCAGGACGUGGCGGUCUAUUUCUCCAUGGAGGAGUGGGAGUAUGUAGAAGGACACAAGGAUCAGUACAAGGAUCAGGUCAUGAUGGAGGAUCAGCAGCCCCUCACAUCACCAGAUCCAGUAAGAGAACAGCACCAGAGAGGUGUCCCCGUCCUCUUCUUCCACAGGAUGAUCAGGGUGAAGAUCCGAACAAUAUUAAUGCUCCAGAGACAGAUGUGAGCGGUGGUGAGCAGUAUAAGGAGGACAUUCCUACAGGAAAAGAUAUGAUCUAUAUUAAUGCUACAGACAUAAAGAAAGAAGAGACAGAUGUGAGGGGUGAUGAACAGUAUAAGGAGGACAUUUUUACAGGGAAAGAUAUGUUCUGUAUUAAUGCUACAGAUAUAAAAGAAGAAAAGACAGUUGUGAGCGGAGAUGAGCAGUAUAAGGAGGACAUUACUACAGUGAAAGAUCUGAUCUAUAUUAAUGCUACAGACAUAAAGAAAGAAGAGAGAGAUGUGAGCGGUGAUGAGAAGUAUAAGGAGGACAUUCCUACAGGUAACUACCCAGAUUCUUGUACCAGGAGAUCAGAGGAUAAUCUUAUAUCUUCAGAUUAUAAAGCAGAUGAUGAUAUCACACAAGAUACAUAUGAAGAACAUUCCAUUAUCCCAGAUACACCCUCAGCCCUUCACAGCCAAGAUCUGUCAUCUCAUCCUUAUAUACAGGUCCUGUCUUCUCAGUCAUCACAGGAUGUUCAGCAAAAUAAAAGUCACAGAAGGGGUGUUGAGCCUCCAAAAGCUCUCGCAGAGGAGAAGCCAUUUCCGUGUGCAGAAUGUGGGAUAUGUUUUACUCAGGAAUCAAAUCUUGUUCAACAUCAGAGAAUUCACACAGGGGAGAAGUUCUUACAAUGCCCAGAAUGUGGGAAACGUUUUACUCGGAAAUCAGAUGUUGUUGAACAUCUAAGAACUCACACAGUGGAGAAGCUAUUUUCAUGUUCAGAAUGUGGACAUUGUUUUACUAAUAAGUCAAGUCUUCUUGAACAUCAAAUAAUUCACACAGGGGAGAAGCCGUUUUCAUGUUCAGAAUGUGAAAAAUGUUUUACUCGGAAAUCAAAUCUUGAACAACAUCAGAGAACUCAUACAAAGGAGAUACCACUUAAAUGCUCAGAAUGUGAAAAAUGUUUUACUCGGAAAUCAAAUCUUGAACAACAUCAGAGAAGUCACGCAAAGGAGAAGCCAUUUUCAUGCUCAGAAUGUGGGAAAUGUUUUACUCAGAAAUCAGAUCUUGUUAAACAUCAAAGAACUCACACAGGAGAGAAACCAUUUUCAUGUUCAGAAUGUGGGAAAUGUUUUACUCAGAAACCAAAUCUUGUUCAGCAUCAGAGAAGUCACACAAAGGAAAAACCAUUUGAAUGUUCAGAAUGUGGGAAAUGUUUUACUCAGAAAUCAGAUCUUGUUACACAUCAAAGAACUCACACAGGGGAGAGGCCGUUUUCAUGUUCAGAAUGUGGAAAAUGUUUUACUAGGAAAUCAGUUCUUGUUAAACAUCAAAGAACUCACACAGGGGAGAGGCCAUUUUCAUGCUCAGAAUGUGGAAAAUGUUUUACCCAGAAAUCAGAACUUGUUAAACAUCAAAGAACUCACACAGGGGAGAAGCCAUAUUUAUGUUCAGAAUGCUGGAAAGGUUUUACCCAGAAAUCACAUCUUGUUCAACAUCAGAGAACUCACACAGGAGAGAAGUCAUUUUAUGCAUAGAUGGUGGGAAAUGUUUUUUUCAGAAAUCAAAACUUAUUAGACAUUGAAAAUUUGGCGGAAAGGUGUCAUCUUUUAUAUUUUUCUUUAUUAUGUUUGUGUUAACAUAAGUAGAAUAAUAAUAAAAUAAGAGAAUGUU